AUGGAUGCGCCCGUGCCAAAGCUCACCGAGCUCCUCCGUCAUCCCGAUGACCUCGACAAGAUCGCCGGCCUGAAGCAGGAAUUUUCCCGAAAGAAGGCUGCUGUCGACUCACAACUCCGUGGCGGCCUUCGCGAGCAGCUGGAGACGACACAGUCAGGCAUGACUGGCCUCACGGACGGGCAGAAGACGGUGCAGCAGAUCAAGGAGGAGAUGAUCAAGAUCGACCGCCUGUGUUCAGAGUCGCAGAACAUGAUCAAGGAUUUCGCCAGCAUCAACUUGGUGUCUCAGGCACAUCGCAAUUUCGGCGCUGUCGAGGCGAUGCGCAAGAACCUGGAGACUUUCAACGAGCGUCUAGAGAUCGUCGAGCGAAUGUUGAGCGAGGAUGAGAGCGACAAGGAGAACAUGCCGAACCUCUUGCCGAUACACUACGAGCUGACACAACUGAGGAAUAUCCGAGAUGAUGCCAUGGAGCAAAUUCAAAGAGCGGAGGACCCAAGUCUGGAGUCAACACUCGAGGACUACUUUCAGAGACUGGAUACCAUGAUCGACUGGUUUGACGAGCAUAUCGGUAUUCUAGCUCUGAACCUUAUUAAUUUGGUCGUUAAUGACAAUAAUGGCCUGGUGGUACGUUUUGCUGUCGUGAUUGAGGCGGAAGAGAAGAGCGAUCAACGAGUGCUGGCACUGCAAGAAGCGUUGAGAGACCACAAGGAGAUGGCGACAAGGUUCCAGAGUAUAACCGACGGUGCAAAAAAGGUCCGAGGUUACAAGGACAAAUUCACACAAGCCAUCAAGAUCAGUGUCGAAGGACAGUUCGCGGAGGCAAGAGGCGAAUUCUUGGACGACCCUUCGGCACUUGAUAAGAUUCUCAAAUGGUACUUCAACGACCUCAACGCCGUUAAAAUGGGCAUGGCCCCCUUGAUGCCUAAGAAAUGGAAGAUUCUCAAGACCUAUGGGGACAUUUACCACCAAACAAUGCACGACUUCUUGGUGGGAAUGAUCGAUGACCAGGACUCUAGUUCUGCCAAUACCUUGGAGAUCAUCAACUGGCCCGAAAAGUACUAUAAAAAGAUGAAGAAGCUGGGAUUCAAGCAGGAGGACCUAGCGCCUCAUGUCAUCGACUCAAGAGAAACGGAACUGGUGCGCGACUUCCGCCAGCUCAUCAUCAAGUUCCUGGAUGAAUGGAUCGAGCGAAUAUUCAAUGCAGAGCUUAAGGACUUCGCCGAGCGCAAUGUUGAAGGUUCUAACCUGGAUCAGGAUGAGUAUGGCUACUUCCGAACCAAGAACCUCGUCGACAUGUGGCGUAUGCUGCGUGAGCAGAUUGAUGCUGCUGCCAACUCAAAGCGUAUGGAUGUUAUUGAGGGAGUCAUCGACGCCAUGUUUCUGCGAUUACGUGGCAGGCAGCAGUCGUGGCAGAAGAUGCUCGACGAAGAGGCCAUCAGGUACGAGACUGGGAAGAUGCCUGAGCUCGAAGGAUUCCAGCCACUUCAAGAUUGGCUUGUGGCCACGGCAAACGACCAGAUUGCCUGCGUUGACGACAAUGAGGAAGAAGGCAGGCUAGCGUACCUGUCCAAUUUCAAGCAAAAGUUUGAGCCCCUCGUAUCGCCGGCGUACAUGGAGCGCGCCGAGGGCGAAGUUGAGCUGCUACGGGAUGGCUAUGUGGAUUUCAGCACGUGGUGCAUCACCAAGUUUGUUCAGCUGAUUUUCUCCGUCGACUUCAAGUUGGUCAUGCCCGACUUCUUCACGCCCAAGUGGUACACAAGCACAGCCAUGAAACAGAUGGUGGUAACGUUUGAGGAAUACGUCAACGACUAUAGCCAAGUUCUGCACCACUCUCUUGUCGACAUCUUCACAGAAAUCUUCGCCGACGAGUUGCUCGUCCGCUACCUUACAUCAGUUCGCAACAAAGGAGCCAAGUUUCGCCGCACCGAUCCCUUCCAGGACAAGCUGUUCAACGACAUUUCGACGGCAUUCGAGUACUUUGGUGCCCUUCCUAAUCCGGACGUCGGCAACUCCGUCAAGCAGACGUGGCGUGUUACCGAGUACUUUCUGCAACUGCUUACCGUCGAGAAGGACGCGCUCCCAGACACCUUUGAGGGCUUCAAGAUGGCUUACUGGGAUUUGCAGAUGACGUGGGUGGAGGCAGCGCUGCGGUCGCGCGAUGACUUUGAAAGGAGCAUGCUCAACGCCGUCAAGGCACGAGCGGCGCAGAUUGAUGUGGUCAGGGGUCCAGAGACAAUCAUGAGCAAGGUCAAGUGA